CGGCUGAGAGGGGAAUAUAUAAAGCUCACGGUGCUGAGCUCCCAAUCACUGCAGAGCCAGAGUCAUCAUUCCGAGUGCACCUCAACACCACUAACACAACCUGAGCUAAAAUGGCAUUUGCUGGUAUUCUGAGUGAUGCUGACAUCACUGCUGCCCUGCAGGCCUGCCAAGCUGCUGACUCCUUCAACUACAAAACCUUCUUCUCCAAGGUUGGCCUGAGCUCAAAGUCUGCCGAUGAUGUCAAGAAGGCUUUUGCAGUCAUUGAUCAGGACAAGAGUGGCUUCAUUGAGGAGGAUGAGCUGAAGCUGUUCCUGCAGAACUUCUCCGCUGGUGCCAGAGCUCUGACUGAUGCUGAGACCAAGGCCUUCCUUAAGGCUGGUGACAGUGAUGGUGAUGGCAAAAUUGGAGUUGAUGAGUUCGCUGCCCUUGUCAAGGCCUAAACAAUCAUAGACCCUGUGUUUUUUAGAGUUGAUGCUUGAUGCCAUUAUCAGAGGUGAAAUGACAACAGGCCACAGCCUUCUGCUUGAAAAGAACAUUGCCUGAAGCCUUACCUCAGUCACACUGAUUUUUUUUACACGAUCUGCAAACCAUCUGCUUCCAAGCUGCUCUCUGUCCAGAUAAAAAUGUAAAUGUGGUGGUUUGUCAUGUCAUUGACAUGAAGUAGAAUAACUGAAAAAUCUGUGAUGCACUUUUUUGGAAAGGAUGGUAAGAAAAAACAAAUAAAUGGUUUUUUUUCAGA